UUAAUUCAGUGAGGAUCAGCUUAAAAACUUAGUGGUGGUUAUAAACAAGAAAUUUGUUGCUUAGACAUGGGAACUGUGAAAAUGGUACCAGCAGAAAGCAAUGAUCUGAUAGAAAAGCAGUCUGUACCAGUUAAGGCGUACAAGAGAAGAUGGGUGAUUCUGGUAAUUUUUAUUUUGUAUUCGGCCGCUAAUUCCUUCCAGUGGAUGGAGUAUUCUAUUAUAACUAGCAUCGUUAAAAGGUAUUAUAACGUCAGUUCCCUAGCGGUAGACUGGACCUCUAUCAUUUAUAUGGCCAUUUAUCCAAUUAUUGUGGUUCCUGUGUCUUACGUGAUAGACAAAAAGGGACUGCGGGUAGCUGCUCUUGUAGGAGGUCUAGGUACAGCUCUAGCAGCUGCUGUGAAAGUUUUCUCAAUAGGGACAGACUUAUUCUAUGUGGUUCUGAUAGGACAAGCUAUUGGAUCGGCUGCACAAGUUUUCAUAUUGUGUUUGCCAGCAAAAAUCGCUGCGGUGUGGUUCAAACCAAGCGAGGCCUCAACGACAUGUUCCAUAGCCGUCUUUGGAACUCAGCUGGGAUUUGCCUUAGGAUUCGUAUUUCCAACAUCUAUAGUAAAGAACCAUGAAGAAUUAUCACUGAUAGCUUCCAACUUAAGGCAGUUAUGUUGGAGCUUGACUCUCUACAUGAUUCCUGUUGCCACAGCUAUUAUAUUUUAUUUUCCUCGACGUCCUCCUCUGCCUCCAAGUGUCCCACAAGCGGAGGAACGAAAAAAACAACCGCCUACGUUCAAUGAAUUUUUGAAUUUAUUUUUAAAGCUCUUGAAGAAGUAUGGGUUUAUUACCCAUAUGGUGGCAUACGGAAUUAAUAUAGGAGUUUUUGCAGCCGUUGGAACUUUCUUAAAUCAGUUCAUUCUACAAUACUUCCCGAAAUGCGAAGAAGAUGCAGGAAGAAUGGGCCUUCUCAUGGUCGUCUGUGGGAUGAUCGGUUCUAUCCUGUUUGGGAUAUACUUGGACAAAACCCACAAAUACAAAGAAACCACCCUCUUUAUUUAUUAUAUGUCUGCAGUUAGUGUGGCUGCGUUUAUGGUGGCAUUGAAACUGAAAAGCAAGAUCCUGGCCUAUGUCACUGCAGGAACUGUAGGAUUUUUCACGAACGCUUACAUGCCGGUAGGAUUCGAGUUUGCUGUUGAGCUGACAUUUCCAUCUGACGAGAGCACAACAACGGGAUUGCUGAACGCAAUGACGCAAGCCUUGGGAGUUGUCCUUACGCUGGUUUUGGGCAAGCUAAAUCAACAUUUUGGACCUCUGUGGGCUUUGGGCAGUCAAGCGGCGAUCUUGCUGGUGGGAGCUUUCCUAACACAGGCAGUGCCGAAUGAGAAGAAUCGGCAGAUAGCCUUUGAGACGAAUGAGAGUAGGAAACAACGAGGUUCAGUUACUCACAAUGUAUAACCUGCUUUCACUUUGGAAUAAAUUAG